GAGGUUCCUGUCUGUCUCGCUCUUGUGUCUCUGACAGCAUAUAAAACCAUGCGUGGUCCUCAGACUGCAGCAGAGUUCAGUGCAGGUGCAUGACAGACGAAUACAACCAUGACUAUACUCACAUUCUUUGGACUUCUUCUUAUGUGCUCUGUAUUCAUAGAUGCUAAAGUGGAGAUCAUUGCCAGUGACCCUGAUGUGAAGAUGGGAAGUAAUGUUCUACUCUUAUGCAAAGCUGAUGGAGAGGGAGAUUUCAGCUGGUUGAAGGAUGAUGAAGAGAUUGAUGAAGAUCGUCAUUUAAUCGAGAAAGUGGAUGAAUCCUCAAGUAAACUCAAGCUGAUGAACAUCCAGUUGAAGGACAGCGGGCUUUAUACCUGCGUUUUCGAAAGUGAUCACGGCACACAGAGGAACCAGUAUCAGAUCUAUGUGUAUCAGGACCUAGACUUUGGCACCACGAAGAUAUAUCAUGAAUUUCUGUUGAGCCAGACAGCGAGCAUUCCCUGUCUGGUGUCUGGGAAGCCUGAGGUGGAUGUCCAGUGGUAUCGGAGCGAUCGCAUCGUUAAUGAUGACGGUAGAGGUCAUCUCAAAAUCUUGCCGGAUAGAUCCCUGCAAAUUAUGAAAAUUCAGCAGGAAGACAGUGGCACCUACACCUGUCAGGGCAAAAUCAAAGGACGCACCAUCACCAAGUCUCUUGAUAUCUCUGUGGUGGUUAAUGAAUCACCAACCGUACUAAUACGUCAAGUAAGAAAGAGUGUAAUUGCCGGACCCAAUACCAGCGUCUCUAUAGUCUGCCUGGUGAAAGGAGUACCAACCCCAACCAUUUCAUGGAUAACCCCGUCCACUUUUGAUGAAUCCCGUUACCAAUACAACUCGGAUAAGAGUGAGCUCACCAUCUCUGCUGUAACCAGGAGUGAUUUUGGAGAGUAUGUCUGUACAGCGACCAAUAAGAUUGGGGAAAACAAUGCCACAUUUUUUCUGGAUGUCUCAGAGCGUCCGACAGUAGCGUUGGAUGAAAGCCGGUUGACUCUCCUUCCAGGCGAAACUGGAUCGGUUCUUUGCAAUGCCACAGGACAUCCAGCACCAACUAUACAGUGGGUCAGAAAGACCAGCCAAGCAAAAAUGACGAGCGUUAGGGGAUCUGAGCUGAUUCUUGAAAAUGUGACGCCCUCUGAUGGUGGCUUUUACUCAUGCAUGGCCAGCAAUGUAGCCGGCACAACCACCAAAGACUUCCAGCUGAUAACUUCGCCUGAGACACCCACCAAGUUCACUAUGGCCGCGGGAUCAUCAUCUUCUAUCGUCAUUCAGAGUGCCAAAGUUCAGGACGGAGGGUCACCAGUUACCCAUUUCAUCCUUGAGUGGAAAAAACCCUCAGAUGACGACUGGAGUCAAGUUACCGUCAAGUCCACAAGUCCUCUGGUGAUCGAAGCGCUUGAGCCAUACACAGAGUACGCCAUUCGAUUUGCAGCUAAAAACGCUUUUUAUCAGGGAAACUUUUCUGUCGAGCAGAGGAUCUUUACAGAGUCACAACGUGAACCCAGCACCCCUGUUCUCUCUCUGAACGAGAAGAAAUUGGAGAAGAACUCAGUCUCAAUCCCCAUUAACCAGCUGAAUGAUGGAGAACCAACUUUACACUACGUUGUACGAUACAGAGUGAAUAAAGAGAAUGAGGAAUGGACAGAAAACCAAAUACCUGGAAAUGAAAGUGUUAUCUAUCUGGGUAAUCUCCAGUACAACGCUGACUAUCAGAUGGAAGUUUUCGCUGUAAACCAUAACGGCUCCUCCAGCCCGGCCAAUGUUAACUUUACCAUCCCACAACCUGUUAGUCAGUCGAGUUUAGGUAAAGGUGGUGUGGUGGGUAUCGUCAUGUUCGUCUUUCUGGUGGUGAUGUCCUCUGUGGAUGCUUUCUGCUGCUAUACAAAUCGCUGUGGCCUGAUUAAUUUCAUCGCUCGCAAACUAUUCGGACACAAAGAAUCGGACUCUAAAGUCAUGGAUGAAGAGGCGAAUAAUGCAAAUGGAGACAUGAAGUUGAGUGGGCUUGAAUUACCACGAGGCAGCAUCCCCAAACUUCAAACAUCCAAUGGGACAGUGAAUGGCGUUCAUUCUGACAAAGCGCCUCUUACCAAAUUCGAGAAAAAACCAAGCCUUACCGAUCCAGCUACAGAGUCGUAGAUCAAGAGCACCAUUCGAAACUUCACAUUCAUCUCAGGAUGUCUGAUUUUGUGCUUAAAGGUAAAAGCGUGCUAUUUUUCUGUUCAAAUACUUUCUCGUAUCUCACUUUACCUUAAAGCACGUCAGUCUAAAACAAACAUACAAACAUCAGCAAGACGACUGUGAAUCACAGGAAGAAGUUUGGAUCCUGUGUGAUGCAAACCAUGUAGUAGUUAAAUAGUAUUUGUGUACAGAAUGUAUGUUGAACUUUGAACAGUGUCGAGUUUGUGAUCCAUGCUGCUUAAUCUGAAUGUACAGUAAGUUCAGUAACAAGCAGAAAUGCAGCUAUUGUCCGGUUUAAAUUUUAACUAGAGUUUGAUAUUUUAUUAUUACUGUAAUGGGAGCAAAACGUUUCUCCAGGGUAUCACUACUGUUAAUUUAUUGUGCAUUUAACAUAUGCUUGUAGAAAUAAUUGUAUAAAGUCUUUGCGUUAAGACAGAAGUAACUAUUAUGUUUUAUAUAAAUAUUAUAUACAUGCCUUAUCAAGUUAUAAAAUCCUACAUUGUUAAAAACAAAUAGAUGUACUGUAAAUACAUGCAGCAAAGAUGUACAUAGAUUUAAACACUGAUGUUUUUUACUGUAUAUUGUACAUAUUUUUUCUUUCAUGCUUUUAUAUCUAUUGUAAUGUAUAAAACCAAUUAUACUUUCAUAUUCAUCCAUUUCUGUUGGUAUCUUUAAUAUUUGUAUUCAUCCUUAAAUGUAUACACAACUAUUGACAUUUCAUGAUUUUUUGAAUAAAAAACACAUAUAUA